AUGAACGGCGCCAGCGUCCAGCCUCGCAACCACGAGGGCUUCGGACAGCCCGAGAUCGGAGGCACUGCCCUUGGUGGACCCUCAGGAAAUGACGAGGACGGCACUUUCAAUGUUCCCUAUGCUGCCAGCAUCCACACUCACUCCGAUGUGAACGAGUUCAGCAAGGAUGAUCACUCUGUCAAGAUCAAGGACACUGAUGUCUACCCACCUAACGUCCACCCCGGCCCUGCUCUCGGCCCUGGUGCUGGUCCUUUCCCUCUCAAGCGCAGCUGGCCUUCCGGUGGCACUGCUGAGGGUGGACCUUCUGGCAACGAUGAGGGCCAGACCUUCAACAUGCCCAUCACUGGCAACUUCAACACCGAAGUGAAUGAGUCUUCCGAGGAUGACCACUCUGUCGAUAUCAAGAACAAGAACAUUCACGCUCCUCCCGUUGUUGCUCCUGUUUAUACCCACCCCGGUCCUCACUUCGAGGGUCCUCCUGCUCAUGUUGUGGAGCACCCUGUUCAGGGCCGUCCUCACUUCGAUGGUCCACACUCCGGUGGCCCCCCUCCUUUCUACGAGGCUGAUGACAACAACAACGACAACUUCAAUGGCGAUCACUUCAACGUCGCCGAGAACGACGACCACACCGAUUGGGUGAAGCGCGACUUUCCCCACUUUGGUGGUCCCCCUCCUUUCUACGAGGCUGAUGGCAACAACAACGGGAACUUCAACGGAGAUCACUUCGGCGUCGUUGAGAACGACCACCACACCGAUUGGGUGAAGCGCUCCGCUCCUGGCGGCACUGCUCUGGGCGGACCUGGAGGUGGUGGCCACGGCCCUGCUGGUUACCCUGGUCACGCUUCUGGAGGCACAGCCCUUGGUGGCCCCUCUGGUGAUGAUGAAGGAAUCAGCUGGGGUCGUCCGAUCACCGCUGAUAUCCACAGCCAUGUGAACGAAUACCACAAGGAUGACCACUCCGUCAAUGUCAAGCACAAGGUUAUUCACCCUGAGCCUGUCUACGAGUUCGAAGCUCCAUACAAGCGUCACUGGGGACCUCACAACGGUGGCACCGCCCUGGGUGGUCCUUCCGGAGAUGACGAGGGUCAGACCUUCAACAUGCCCAUCACCGUCAACACCCACACCGGCAUCCACGAGAACGCAAAGGAUGACCACUCGGUCAAGAUCAAGGACACCCACGUCCACCCAGCUCCUGUCUAUGGUGGCCCUGGUCCUUAUGUCCCCCACGGUGGUCCCUGGCGCCGUGCCUACUCCCCUGACCGCGUUUCUGGCGGCGGCGGUGGUGGCACUGCUGAGGGUGGUCCCUCUGGUACCGAUGGUGGUGAGGACUUCGGAUCUCCCAUCGACGUUGGUGUUGACAGCGGUGUCAAUGAGCACAGUGAGGACAACCAUGCCGUCAAGAUCGACAGCACCACUGAGCAUCCUCACUACGAGCAGCCCGAGCUUCCCUGGAUGACCUACCCCGAGGCCACCACCUACGAGGUUCCUGCUUCUCCUCCUGCCCACGAGAUCGAGCAAGCUCCCCCAGUUGAGGAGACCCACGAGGUUCCCCAGGCUCCUCCCCAGGCUCCUCACCACGUCGAGGUCCCUGAGUACCAGCCCGCUCCUCCCAAGUCUCCUCCCCACGUCGAGGUCCCUAAGUACCAGCCUGCUCCUCCUGUCGACCCCCCUCGCGAGCACCACGAGCACCACGAGGAGGUUCCCCAGUGCGCAGCUGAGACCCACGAGGUCGUCCGCACCGUGACCAAGACCCAUUUCAAGGAGGUUCACCCCACCGCGACCACCACCGUCUACGAGAAGGCUCCUACCUCCGUCGUCACUCAGGCCGCCCAGACCUCCGUCGUUACUCUAGCUGCCCAGACCUCUGUUGUCACCCAGGCUGCCCAGACCUCUGCUGUGCCCCUGGCCGCUACUCCCAUGAACGACCCUGAGUCCAAGAUCUACUCCAGCGCUGUCUUCGCCAGCCAGGUCGCUCCCUCAUCCUCGUCUUACAUCCCCUACCAGAGCUACAACUACAACUCCCAGCGACCCAUGAGCACUGGUGCCUACUCCAUGAUCCCCGUCAACGUGCCCGCGCCUUCUUCCACCGCUAUGCUGAAGUCCAUGGCUACCCCCUCUGUCAGCCACGCCAUGCCCAGCGGUGCCGACGCUAUGCACAGUGCCAGCCCCUCUGCAACGCCCUCUCACGGCAUGAUGUUCCAAGGCGCUGCUACCCGUGCUUCCAGUGGUAUUUUCUCUGCUAUCGCUGCCGUCGCCGGUGUCCUGGCCUUCGUCUUGUAA